AUGCCUGCAAAGGGAGAGAGGGUGCAUGCUGGUAAUAGGAAGCAGCGUCCCGCAUCUGAUGUGCCGCAGGGAGGAGAGCGUCAGCUGAUGUUGGGGUUUGAUGGCAACAGCCAACAACCCGCACCGCAGCACCGAAGAGUGGAGGAAACUCUGCAGCAACCAAAGUGGACGCUUGCAAGCUCUAUCGAGGAUGCCCGUAAUGUGCGUGUUGGCCAAAGCAAUAUAAUUUUGCUGAACGACUUCCUUUGGCAGUACGUUGGCCCCAACAGAGCGGUGGGUGAAGACCAAAAUGUGGUGAUGGAGGUGUUUGUGCAGCAGCCCGCAGAAUACGUUACAGAGCAGAGACGUCGUGAGGGAAUCCUCAAUUCCACCAGGAUAUCAGCUUUUUGA